GUUUUUCCUGGUCUUUCCAUACCAAAUCCACAUGCUGCCUUGCUGCGGACCAUGGCAACUACCCUGGAGAAGUUCAUUCAUUCUUUGGACCCCAGAGCCCUUCCCAGGGUCCUCCAAAUCCAGUCAGGCAUCUAUUUCCAAGGCUCCAUCUACGAAAUGUUUGGAAAUGAAUGCUGCCUGUCAACAGGAGAAGUGAUUAAAGUUAUUGGGUUCAAAAUUAAUAAGCUCAUAGCAAGUAUCUAUGAGAAUAAUGAAGAGAGCCGGUUUUCAGCCAAAGUGGAAUUACCACUGAAUUUUCCUGGUCUGUAUAAGGUUGUGGCUGAUAAAACUCCGUACUUCAGCAUUGAAGAAAUUACAAGAAAAGUCUCUAUUGGGCCAACACGAUUUGGCCAUCCAUGUUUCUACUGCCCUGAGGAUAUAAAAUUGGCAAACCUCGUCAUUAAACAUGGUGAGCAGAUCACCUUCAACUCUGUGGAAGAGGUCAAUGGAGUGAUGGCUGUGAACUGUGGUGUGGUCAGAAAUAACCAGUCACAUUCCUUUACUUUGCCCCUUUCGCAAGAAGGAAAAUUCUACGAGUGUGAAGAUGACCAGAUAUACACCCUGAAAGAGAUUGCAGAAUGGAAAAUCCCUAAGAGCAGAAACCGGAUUGUGAAACUUUCCAAUACUUUACAUGUGUGGGACUCCUUUAAUCCACUUCCUGAGAAUUUUGACGGCUGCUUGAUUCUCACGCCUGUCUAUGAAGUACAAGCAGUAAUGAAAUUUCGAAAGGAAAUAGUUCAUAUCCUCUCAGAUCUAGAUGUUGAAGUCAAGGAUAUAACAGACUGUUAUGAUAUUAGCUCUUUUCUUCAACCACUGUCUUUGGAAGACGUAUUUGAGAGAACAAGCAAGGAAUUUCCUAUGGUUGCUGAGAUAAUGGAAGGGCCCCAAGGAAUACAGAAGCCUUAUAGUUUAUUGUGUACAGGGAAAGAGAUUGUCAUCUACAAAAAGUACCAGGCAAAAAGAGUCCUCGCCUCUGAGAUCAGAAGUGAUUCCCCGAAAAGACAUUUUUUAAUCCCUAUGAGCUACAAAGGAAAGUUCAAGAGACGACCUCGGGAGUUUCCAACUGCCUAUGACUUAGAGAUAGCAAAAAGUGAAAAGGAGCAGCUUCAUGUUGUUGCAACUAAAGCCUUUGAUUCUCCCCAUAAAGAACUUUUUUCUGUUUCAGUUGGAGAUCAGUUUCUAGUUCAGCAAUACCAGACUAGUGAAGUUCUUUAUGAGGGAAGAAAGAAAGUCGUAGAUGUUUUAGCUUGUGAACAAAUACUAAGUGAUACCUAUAAGAAAGUGCUCCUCCCUAUGUAUAUGGAAGGUGGCUUUGUGGAAGUGAUUCAUGACAAGAAACAGUACCAGCUUUCAGAGAUUUGCAAAGAAUUCCGUUUGCCUUUUAAUGUCAAAGUAUCCGUGAGGGAUCUUUCCAUUGGGGACGAUGUCCUGGCUGCUGUGCCUGGUCUGCAGCUUGAAGAGGAAAUCACAGACUCUUAUUUGCUGAUUAGUAGUGUCAGCAGUCCAGUGGACAGCUGGGAGAUUCCUGUAUAUCGCUUAAACAUGUCAGUCCAUUUGCUCAGCAAAGAUAUGCAAACAGUUGCACCUCCUGCAACUAAGACAACAGUGGAAGAGAUCAGCGAAGAGCAAUACUAUAUGGUGCGAAGAUAUGAAAACCAAACCCUAUAUCCGCCUCCCAGGCCUCCCAAAAAGCCAACAACACUUGCACCAGACUCGCUUUUUGUAGUACCUAAGCAAGCGGUAUCUGAUGUACUACAGGCCCCAAAGAAUUUCUAUGAAGACACCACCAAGAAAUUGUGCUCAGUUCAAGCUGCUGAUGUUUCCAGAUUACAAGGUAGUUGUCAAAAUGAUUUGGUGCACCGCAAGAAUGAGAAGGACGUGACUAGGACAACUACAUUAGUGGAAACCGGUGUGAUUAAAGGUCAGACAAAUAAGGCACAUGGAAAAUGUGAGAGAGAAAAGGAGCUGAAGGAAGAGUAUAACUACGAGUAUGUGGAUGAAAACAUAAUCGAAAACACAAGAAAAGUACUUCAAAAUAAGAAUGUAGUCUCUGAAGAGAAAAGAGACAUGUGAAGCAGAAGAAUUCUGAAACUGAUCAGAAGCGAGUGGAAAGCUGCAUACUUCACGUAUUAAGAUCAACUGCAGCUAUAUGAAAAAGCUGCUCAUGAAAAAGUGUCCUUCUUCUGUCUCAUGAAGAGCAUAUAAGACUGUAAUUCAGCUAUAAUAAUCCCCUGAGAAACUAAACUGCCCACUAGUCCUAAAUAAGAAGUCAAACCAGCUAAUGUCUUAUGACCCUGUGAAGGGACAAAGUUCUUCUUGUACAUAUUUAUUCAUGAAUUCAGAUAAUAAUGACAAGUCCAAUCCUUCAUUCUUUUUGUGACUGAAAUACUGGUUGAUUUUUCUGAACCACUGUAGGGCAUAUAUGAAAGGAACAUCCCUUACUGAAACAGCUGCCCAGCUGUUUUGUUGGUUUUCUAGAGGAGGGAAGGAUAGACACAGAAAUGAAGGGUUGUCUGAAGUGAACCUCCAUUUCUUUACCCAGUGAUAU